CCGCGCGCCGGUAGCGCAGCCGCGGCCAGAGGGAUGGCGGCCGCCGCCGCCGCCGUGUGAGGCCGUAGCGCACCGCAUCGGCAGCGGCUCUGACCGCCGCCUCGUCCCGACCGGACCCGACGCCAGUGCUGCGGCCCGCUGCGGGCCGCCCGUCCCCGCCCGCGGCAUGAAGGCGGCGGCGAGUGGCGCCGAGGAAGUGGAGAAGCUGAACAAGAUGAAUGCCCUCUUAGAAAGACUUCGUGCAAAGUACAAUCAAAACAGGCCUUGGACAGAAACCAUGAAGUUAGUCCGUCAAGUCAUGGAAAAGCGAGUUGGGAUGAACUCGGGGGGACACCAACAUCUGGUGAGCUGUUUGGAGACUUUGCAGAAGGCAUUAAAAGUGUCUUCUCUUCCUGCCAUGACAGAUCGCUUGGAGUCUAUAGCUAGACAAAAUGGCCUUGGAUCUCACCUUAGUGCAAAUGGCACCGAAUGUUACAUCACCUCAGACAUGUUCUAUGUGGAAGUCCAGCUAGACCCCACAGGGCUGCUGUGUGAUGUCAAGGUGGCUCACCAUGGAGAAAACCCUGUGAGUUGUCCAGAAUUGGUGCAACAUCUGAGAGAUAAAAAUUUUGAUGAAUUUUCUAAACAUUUGAGAGGGCUUGUGAACCUGUAUAAAUUGCCAGGAGACAACAAACUUAAAACAAAAAUGUACUUGGCUCUGCAGUCCCUAGAGCUGGACCUCUCAAAAAUGGCAGGAAUGUAUUGGCAAGCCACCAAUGCAAAUCCCCUUGACAAGAUUCUUCAUGGCAGUGUUGGCUAUCUCACCCCCAGGAGUGGAGGUCUCCUGAUGAAUCUCAAGUAUUACGUCUCGCCCUAUGAUUUAUUUGAAGAUGGCACUGGAACCCCCAUUAUUUUGCAUGAGAACAAUGUUCCUCGGUCUUUGGGCAUGAAUGCAUCGGUAACGAUCGAGGGAACUAUGGCCAUGUACAAACUUCCGAUUGCGCCACUGAUUAUGGGCUCUCAUCCAGUUGACAGCAAAGGAACUCCAUCUUUCUCGUCAGUCACCAGUGCCAACAGCGUGGACUUACCAGCUUGUUUCUUCCUGAAGUUCCCACGUCCCGUUCCAGUGUCUCGAGCUUUCAUUCAGAAACUUCAGGCCUGCACAGGUAUUCCACUGUUUGACACUCCACCAGCGUUUGUACCCUUGUAUGAGCUGAUCACACAGUUUGAAUUAUCCAAGGAGGCCGACUCUCUGCCUUUAAACCAUAAUAUGCGCUUCUAUGCAGCUCUUCCAGGACAGCAGCACUGUUACUUUCUGAACAAAGAUGCUCCUCUCCCAGAUGGAAGAAGCCUUCAAGGAACUCUGAUUAGCAAAAUCGCCUUCCAGCACCCUGGACGGGUUCCCCUCAUCCUCAAUUUGAUCAGGCAUCAAGUGGCCUACAACACGCUGAUUGGCAGCUGUGUCAAGCGAACAGUUUUAAAGGAAGAUUCUCCUGGGAUCCUGCAGUUUGAAGUUUGUCCUCUCUCUGACUCCUGUUUUAGUGUCUCCUUUCAGCAUCCUGUGAAUGACUCCUUGGUGUGUGUGGUAAUGGAUGUGCAAGACUCUACUCAUGUGAACUGCAAACUGUACAAAGGGCUGUCCGAUGCUCUUAUCUGCACAGAUGAUUUCAUUGCCAAAGUUGUUCAAAGAUGUAUGUCUAUUCCUGUCACCAUGAGAGCAAUUCGUAGAAAAGCAGAAACGAUUCAAGCAGACACACCAGCCUUGUCCCUCAUUGCAGAGACAGUAGAAGACAUGGUGAAGAAAAAUCUCCCCCCAGCCAGCAGCCCAGGGUAUGGCAUGACCACAGGCAGCAACCCAAUGAGUGGUACCACUACCCCAACAAACACUUUUUCAGGAGGUCCCAUCACUACUCUGUUUAACAUGAGCAUAAGCAUGAAGGAGAGGCAUGACUCAGUGGGCCAUGGGGAGGACUUCAGCAAAGUGUCUCAGAACCCUAUUCUCACUAGUUUGUUGCAGAUCACGGGGAAUGUGGGUUCAACCCUUGGCUCAAGUCCAACCCCUCCCCAUCACACACCACCACCAGUAUCCUCACCAGCAGGCAACACCAAGAACCACCCCAUGCUCAUGAACCUUCUCAAAGAGAAUCCUCCUCAGGAUUUCUCCACUCUGUAUGGGAGCAGCCCUCUCGAAAGGCAGAACUCUUCCUCUGGCUCCCCUAGAAUGGAAAUGGGCCCUGGGGGGAAUAAGCAAAAGAAAAAAAAAUCCCGCCUGCCUGCCGACAAGCCCAAGCAUCAGACUGAGGAUGAUUUCCAGAGGGAGCUCUUUUCAAUGGAUGUUGACUCUCAGAACCCCAUUUUUGAUGUGAACAUGACCGCUGAUACUCUGGACACCCCCCAUAUUACUCCAGCGCCCAGCCAGUGCAGCACUCCUCCCACUACCUACCCACAGCCCAUACCUCACUCGCAGCCCAGUAUUCAGAGAAUGGUUCGGCUCUCGAGUUCGGACAGCAUCGGAGCCGACGUUACUGACAUCCUUUCAGACAUAGCAGAGGAGGCUUCCAAGCUACCCACCACUAACGAGGACUGCCCACCCAUUGGUACACCAGUCAGAGACUCUUCUAGUUCAGGGCAUUCACAAAGUGCUCUCUUUGACCCCGAUGUUUUCCAGACCAACAAUAGCGAGAACCCCUACACGGAUCCAGCAGACCUGAUAGCAGACGCUGCUGUGAGCCCCAACAGCGAUUCUUCAAACCAUUUUUUUCCAGAUGGGGUAGAUUUCAAUCCUGACCUGCUGAACAGCCAGAGUCAGAGCGGCUUUGGGGAGGAGUACUUUGACGAGAGUAGUCAGAGUGGAGACACUGAUGAUUUCAAGGGCUACGCGUCCCAGGCUCUGACCACUUUGGGGGUGCAAGUCUUGGGGGCUGACGGGGGUGAAAACAAGUUUAAGGGGGGCAAUCAGUCUGAUACGGUAGAUUUUAGUAUUAUUGCAGCUGCCAGCAAAGCGCUGGGGUCCUCUGACAUGAUGGAGCAUCACAGUGGAGGCCAGAGCCCUUUAUUGAAUACGGGGGAUUUAGGCAAAGAGAAGUCUCAGAAGCGGAUAAAGGAAGGCAAUGGGUCUGGAAGUAACAUGGCAGGGCCCGGGAUAGACGGGAAGCCGGGGAAGCGCAGCCGGACGCCGUCCAGCGAUGGUAAAAGCAAAGAGAAACUUCCGAAGCGGAAGAAGCAGGAGACGGAUGGGAAAUCUCCGUCUCACAGUUCAUCAAACAGGCCUUUCACGCCACCAGCGAGCACGGGUGGGUCCAAAUCUCCUGGGAGUUCAGGCAGGUCUCAGACUCCUCCUGGCAUGGCUACUCCUCCUAUUCCAAAAAUCACCAUUCAGAUCCCAAAAGGAACAGUGACUGUUGGCAAACCGUCUUCACAUGGCCAGUAUACAAGUAGCGGCUCUGUCACCUCCUCCAGCAGCAAAAGCCAUCAUAGCCAUUCUUCCUCCUCCUCCUCCUCUUCCUCCUCCUCAACCUCAGGCAAAAUUAAAAGCAGCAAAUCAGAAGGGUCUUCUGGCUCAAAGAUGAGCAGCAGCCUCUACUCAAGCCAAGGCGGCUCCAGUUCAGGUCAGUCCAAGAGCUCAGCUCAGUCAGUGGGGAAGCCUGGGUCCUCCCCCAUCACCAAACAUGGCCUCAACAGCGGUUCUGGAAGCACGAAGAUGAAGCCUCAAGGAAAGCCAUCGUCCCUCAUGAACCCUUCCAUGAGUAAACCAAACAUCUCUCCGUCUCAUUCGAGACCCUCUGGAGGUUCUGACAAGCUCGCUUCUCCCAUGAAACCUGUCCCUGGUACUCCCCCAUCAUCUAAAGCAAAGUCACCCAUCAGUUCAGGUUCUGGAGGCUCCCACAUGUCUGGGACUGGAUCAAGCUCAAGUAUGAAAUCAUCUUCAGGAAUGGGAUCAUCUGGGUCUAUGUCACAGAAACCACCUCCUUCAUCCAAUUCCUCAACUGCAUCUUCAUCUUCCUUUUCGUCUAGUGGGUCUUCCAUGUCUUCAUCUCAAAACCAGCAUGGAAGCUCCAAAGGCAAGUCUCCGAGCAGAAACAAGAAGCCAUCUCUGACUGCAGUCAUAGACAAACUUAAACAUGGGGUUGUCACUAGUGGGCCUGGUGGAGAUGACCCAAUGGAUGGACAGAUGGGGCCAAGUUCCAAUUCCUCAAGCCAUACUAUGUCCUCCAAACACAACAUGUCCGGAGGUGAGUUCCAGAGCAAACGUGAGAAGAGUGACAAAGAGAAAUCUAAAGUGUCUGUUUCUGGAGGAUCUGUGGACUCUUCCAAGAAGAAUUCAGAUUCCAAAAACGUUGGAAGCACUGGAGUGGCCAAAAUUAUCAUCAGCAAGCACGAUGGUGGUUCCCCUAGCAUUAAAGCCAAAGUAACUUUGCAGAAACCUGGGGAAGGAGGUGGGGAUAGCCUAAGGCCUCAAAUGGCUUCUUCCAAAAGCUAUGGGUCCCCUCUAAUCAGCGGAUCUACUCCGAAACACGAACGCUGCUCUCCCAGCCACAGUAAGUCACCAGCAUACACUCCCCAAAACAUAGACAGCGAGAGCGAGUCGGGCUCUUCCAUAGCAGAGAAAUCCUACCAGAACAGCCCCAGCUCUGAUGAUGGCAUUAGGCCUCUGCCUGAGUACAGCUCAGAAAAACACAAGAAACACAAGAAAGAGAAGAAAAAAGUGAAAGACAAAGACCGGGACAGAGAUCGGGAUCGGGAUAAAGACAGGGACAAGAAGAAAUCUCACGGCAUGAAGCCAGAGAGCUGGUCCAAGUCCCCCAUUUCAGCUGACCAGUCUCUCUCCAUGACAAGCAGCGCUCUCCUUUCAGCCGAGCGGCCCUCCCGGCCUAGCCCUGAGUUUUUGAUUGGGGAAGAAGAUGAUGAUCUCAUGGAUGUUGCUCUAAUUGGCAAUUAGUAUUCCUGGUGUCUUUAAAAAAGAGGAGCUGUACACAGGAGCGGAGGGUUCUAGAGAUGGAAAGAAAGGAACUGCUGAUUGUUACAGGGUGUGUUUGAAGAGAUAAAGUAUUUCCAGGGAUCUCCAAAGCCUGAGCAGGAGGUGUGAGCACCAGCAGCUUGUUGGGCAGGCCAGAUUCCUGCCUGUGGCCUUCAUCCUGCCAACACUUAAUCUAAUCCUUAGUUUCUCAAGUAUUACUGGCCCCAUUAGAGUUAAUGGGUACAAAGCUCAGUGUGUACCCCAAGCUGGUGCAGAAAAACAUAGACUAUGCCAGGAGUUCGUCUGCCUUCCUCCUUCCCCUUAGGAUGAAUUACUUUUAUAAGUUUUAAAGUGAUGAUUUCAGGACACAUUUUAGGGUUUAAUUUAAAAAGGGUGGUUGGAAGCAAAACCAAAAGUUUUUAAGAGUGUUUAAUUAUUUUGUGGCCAUUUCUUCAUUCAAUGCCUGAUUCAGCAUGGGGCCGAACAACUUCAUCUUCCUCUGACACCCACUGCUCUGCAGAACUGGGCACUAACGUUCCCAUGGGUGUUGGCAUUUUAUCCCAGAUCACAGAGAAGAGAUCCGUGUCUUCUCUUCCACUUCCCUUUCGUUUUAGCUAUGCAUUUAUUUCCCUAGCUGAAUGCCUUCCGAGGCUUGUUUUCAUGCAAUCUGUUACAGUUGUGUGAUACAGAGCCCGAAAUAAUUUGGGGAUAUGGGUCGAGCCCUGUGGAUUUGGGAGGCUCAUGUGCUGCUACUGUAGCUUUGGUGAAGGCGGUGGAAUUCUGCUGGAGGUGGUGAAUUUCUGGCCUGUGCUGGAGCAACUAAAUGGAAAGGGACUCUGUCUUCAUCUGAGUGUUGCUCCUGUGUCAGUCCAGCAAAGGGAGCUUCCACAGGAUCCUCUGACACUGCAUUCAGAGACUAAUGGGCUGAGAGCUACAUGUGUCCCACUUCCAAUCCAGCUAAGAGUUCGUGUAUCCACUGCAAACACUUCACUGGUGUCAAUGGAACAGGGUCAGGGUUUAAAAAUCUGCCUUGUUUUCACAAUCUCUUUGUUUCUGAGCACUUCAGGGCUUUUGCUUUGGGUUUUUUUCUUCCCUUUCUUUCCACUUGCAGCACGCCUCCCCACUAGCAAUUGUGGUGACACACAAGCGUCACCUUCUCAGGGAGGCGUUGGCCUGGCCACACCUUGGUUGUGUCCUGGUGUAAGCACUGAAAAACAGCCCUGAGCUGCUUGAUCCACGCGAGAGCUGCGGUAGGAGAAGCAAUUUCCUUGAGAGAUACAUUUUCCCCUUUUGGCUGAAAUUAAGAGCAUGACUCAGGCAUCCUCUGGUCUUGUGGCCUGUGAAAGGAAAAGAGACUUGGGAGAGAGUGUUUAUUUUUGAAAGCAAUGAAAUCUGAUUCACUGAAGAGGAAUGUGGGAAAUCAGGAGCUCUGCAACACGUGUCCUUUUGAAUUACCUACCGAGUCCUGCUCCUGUGGGAUUUUAUUGAUUCCUGGAGGCUGGGAUUUCCCUUGUGGGAAUGAGAUCGUACUGUGUGUGUUGGGAUGCAGUUUGAAACCAUGUCAAGGAUUUAAGUUGCUUUUAAACCAUGGAGACCUGCUUAUGGUCUGACCCCAAGCAAAGCUGUUUCUUUUCCAGUUCAUUCAAAACUGUAGCAAGGCCAAUGUCAGUUAGUUAUGGGAAUAUCUUUGCCUCUUCUUCCUACCUUCAGCUUAAUUCCAGAACUCCUGCACAACGUAGAGCUGUGAGUUUCCCCAAAGUCACCCUCCCCAGCUCUGGAGAGCUCUCCCCUCUUGUAUUUCCCACCCUUCAUCCUACAUCCCGUCGCUUCCCCCCUCCCCAACGCUCCCAUCCUCCUGCACCGAGACACACUAAAUCAAAGUCUAAACUUGGAGCCAAUGCCGUUACCUCAGGCAGCAUCAGAAUGGUGUGAUCACAGGGUGGCUGUGAAGAGGACGUCAGAAACCCAGCACUGGAGGAAUGGCUCUUGAGACUCUUAACUGUGGCAGCUGCCUCUUGGGACUGAGGCCAGUCCCAGCUCUCGCAGCUCUUCGCUUCCUCUCUCACUUACGUUUUUAAAGUUAUUUUGUUAGGAUAAAGGCCUGGGGAUCCAUUUGGGGUGGUGUGAGAGGGUGUAAAAAGUGCUUUUUUUUGAACUGAAUGAGGGCUUGGGGGAGUUUGGACUCCACAGUGAUAUUUUACAAAACAAAAACGCUGCUGAGCUCAGUCACCAACACAACAAUUAUGUUUUAAAAGAACGAGCUGCACGUGUUUCCUUGAGGGCCUUUCGCUCAAGAGCAGAGUUUGAAAUCCCUAAAAUUCCUCCUGUGGAGGGCAGGCAGCACAGCCCUAGCAAAGAAAAAAAAAAUGAACAAAAAAAGCACCUCCUGACCCCUCACCCCACCCCACAAGGCGCAACCCCCACCGUGGGCAUGGCAGUUUUGAUGCUUUUUGCCCCGUUUUGACACGCUGUGUGCGAUAAAUCAUGUGAAAGCGAGCACCAGGUGUCAGGUGGAGGGACACAACAGCGAGCCAACGUUUGGUCUGUCUUGACAAAUACUGUAUUUUAGAAAAUGCUUCUUUUUGCUUAUUCUCGAAGGUGAUUUGACGUCUUUCAGUAUUGGAAAGAGAGAAGGGAGUAGAACGAAAUGGAAGCCAAUCCUUUUAAUCUCAGGUGGCGGCCUGGAGGCGGAGAUUAAAAGAGAGUAGUUGUUUGCUGUGGUGGUGGUGAUGUAAAUACCUGGCUGGAAAUUGGCUUUUUUUUCUGUAAAUACCCGCCUGGGUUCUCGCGGGACGACCAGUGUCCUCCCGACUUAGUUGGAAAUACCGCAAAGAUCAUGUUUAUUUACAUGCAAAUAAAUC